UAGUUUAUUUCCCAUCACUGUUGGCCUGUGACGUCGCCGGUUUAAGAAUAGCCAUGAUGUCCGCCUGGUGAUCUGCGGAGAUGAGUGAUGCGGAUCGUCUGGUGGCCAAUCUGCGCCGGGUGCCCGUUCGUCUGCCCAAGGAGUUGGAGGUGCGCCAGCUGUGCCGAUCCCUGAGUGAGCUGCUCGCCGGUGAGGCGAACCUGCUGAACCUACAGAGUCCGCAGAUCGUGUGCGGCGACAUUCACGGGCAGUUCCAGGAUCUGCUGCACCUACUGGACUUGGGCGGAUCGGUGCAGCAGCAUCGCUACUUGUUCCUGGGCGACCUGGUGGAUCGGGGCAAGAACAGCGUGGAGACCUUUCUGCUGCUGGCUGCCCUUAAGCUGCGACAUCCUGGCCAGGUGAGCCUGUUGAGGGGCAACCAUGAGUGCCGCAGUGCCACUCGAUCCUAUGGAUUCUACGAGGAGUGCCUGGCCCAGUAUGGAUCCGCAAAUGUCUGGAGGAUGUGCUGUCGUGUCUUUGAUCUCUUGCCCCUGGCCGCGAUUAUUGAUGGAAAAAUAUUCUGCGUUCAUGGCGGCCUAUCGCCGGAAAUCCAACAUUUGGAUGAGUUCCGUAAGCUGGAUCGCUGCCAUGAGAUCCCCGAAAGCGGCUGCAUAGCGGAUCUGCUCUGGAGCGAUCCCCAGGAAGCAUCCGGAUGGACUGCAUCGCCGCGGGGACAUGGACAACUCUUUGGCGGCGAUGUGGUGGAGGAGUUUAGCCGAAGGAAUGGAGUAACCCUCAUUUGCAGGGCUCAUCAGCUGGCCCAGGAUGGUUUUCGCUGGCAUUUCAACAAGCAGCUUGUGACCAUCUGGUCGGCACCCAACUAUUGCUAUCGCUGCGGCAACAAGGCGGCCUUCCUGCGUGUAAAUUCUGGCGAGGAUUACGCCUUUGAGGUGUUCGAGGCGCAGGCGCUGCACACCAAACCGCAGCCAAAGAGACCCAAAAAGCGGUGUCGUCAGUUUUUCCUAUGAUGCAAUCUUCCCGUGAAUCUUAUCCCAAGAUAAACUACAAUGUCAAGUUCACAGAGAGCCAGAAUCAGCUGUUUCACCUAGUCGUACACCCACCCAAGCACUCUUAGGCCAUAACUCUUUCAUUCCACAUUACUCUUAGUAUCGUAAUCAAUAAAAACCGUACUCAGUAUAA